AUGCCUGGUCUAAUCGCUAAUUUCCUCUAUCAUGACUCCGCCGACGACUUCCUCUCAGUAGCAUAUCCCACCCUUCGCCGCAUCGAACGAUCAUCGAACAUUAUUUUAGCCCAUGCGCUGAAGCGCGUGAGCGCCGAAGCCGUGCUCACGGACUAUGAAUUUAUUUCACAGUCAGACAUCGAGAAGAUAUGGACAGAGCAGGUCGCUGCCCACCUGCCAGCUUCGGCAUUAAGGGCCAGCAGUAGCUCCCUCUGGCUCACACUGUGGUCAUCUCCAUCUCCGUCAGGACCCCACUCACUCGACCUAGUAUUGUCAUGUCUCAACUGGAGAUUAGGCGACUACCCUAUUUUUCUGUGGUCCCCCCAUCAGUUCACAUCUUCAGCAUCAUUGGUCCCGCGUGUUGCUCGACUCGCUGAGCAUCUGGUUGCCUGUGUACCGCCGGAGCGAGUGUUCUCGGUCUUUGGCAUGACCCCACUGGUCAAAACCUUCGCCCGCUACUGGACAGAACUCACCGGCUUCCGCCCCGAGCCCGAGCCGUUUUAUGCAGCCUUCCUUACAUACUGCACGGCUGAGACAUUAAGGUCAUCGGAUAAUGCCCUUCCAUCGGGCCAUCGCCUUCGUGAUGCAUCUAUGACUGACUUGGAAUCCGUUGCCCAACUAUGCAAGGAGUUCGCAGACGACUCAGUUUAUUUCCCGUUGACUAUCGAUGCUGCCCGUGUAGAAGCCGAGGAGCUCAUCCGUAAACGGCAGAUUUGGGUCUACGACGCGGAUGGCGAGAUCACUACCAUAUGUGCCGUCACUCGUAAUUCUGUGAACGUCUCAGCCAUAACUAAGGUAUACACUCUUGUUCCCUGGAGGAAGAAGGGUUGUGCCCAACAUCUUGUUCGAUAUGUUACUUCAAAGCUAUUAUUUGAAUACCACAAGGAAUCCGUUGUCCUCUAUGUCGGGCAUACAAACAACGCCCAGUACGUCUACGCUAAAGUAGGCUUCGUCGGCCUCUGCGGCAACGAUAGACUGGCGGGCGUCGAAGACUCCCUCGAACUCGGCUUUGUCGGAACUCACCGGGGGCAUUGGUAG